AUGGUACAGAACAUCUGGCUAGGCCGCGUGCUCGUCGACGGUGGGAGCUCGAUCAACCUUCUCUUCACUGAUGCACUGGACACCCUGCAAAUUCUGAGAAACUCAUUAAAGCCAUCCCCACCUUUCUUCGGGAUCACCCUGGGCUCCUCGGCCAAGUCUCUAGGACAAAUCAAGGUACCAAUCACCUUCGGCUCGCCGGACAACUUCAGGACCGAAAAGGUCCUCUUCGAUGUGGCCGACUUCGGGAUUGCGUAUAACGCGAUCCUCGGGCGAUCGGCAAUCAAGAUCCAUGGGCCAACAGGGGCCAUCACUGUUGCUAGAAACGCCAAGACGGCCUUGCACUGCGACAAGUGGAGCCUCGACAUGGUCGAGCUAACUCCCAGGUCGCAGCACGAGACCGCUGAACCCAACGGAUGGCCAGUAAAAGUCCAGGUCAUCGCCAGCCCAAACGAUCGACUCAAAGCAGUAAGCCUGGACAACACCAACCUGACUAAGACAGUCCAGAUUGGGGCCUCGCUGGACCCUAAAUAG